CUUGAAUCACAUGAAGAUGUCUUCCCCAUUUUGCUGAUAGGUUCUCCAUCUUUCUUCCAUUUUUCUUGUUUCUCCUGCACCAAAUGCUGGCCUUUCCCUUGUAAUCAUGCAUAUGUGAUGUUCCACGUGCUGUUCAGAUCAUUUUCCGCGUUUGACCCCGUGCCACGCGCCCAGUACUUGAUAACGAUGCUCCAUCACUGCUCCGAAGUUCAGCAUAUCGUUAUAACAUUCGUGAGAAGUUUCUGCCCUGCUAUCGGCCGCGCUGAACGUGUGCAAGAUAAUCCAGCGAUGUAACGUGCAUCGUGACGUAAUACAGUACGGUGAAAACGAGAGUGUUCGAAACGAACACGCGAAUAUACGCCUUAUGUCGACUAAGAUCCAUUCAGGUGGCUCGGCCGUGACAAUGCGCGCGACUGCCGGCGGGGCGCGGGGACGCGCCGCAAAAGUGGGUCGCUCGCGACGUGUACAGUCAAGUUCAAGGCCACACACGGAGGCAAUGGGGCGCCGAUCGCCCCUAGAUGGCGUUGCGCGAUUCGUUCGAAGUUCGAAAAUUUUGCGAGCCCGGGGGUGCGGUGCGGGGCGCGGGUCUGAGCUGCGGGAACGAAUUUUCGGUGCAACACACACUACACGACGCUGCACUCGUGUACCGAACGUCGCCACGCGCAGUACUUUCGCGCAGCACUAGAUCCAGACUUCUAAGCUAACCUAGACAUACAAUAACAAGCCGACAUGGACUGGAUGGAGAUGGAGGAUGUGGUGCAACUGAUGUCCGCGGUGAGUGGCGAGCCGAUGCUGCGCCGUGUGAAGCAGGAGACAGAGCCACCGCCACAGUACUCGCCACCAGAACCUCAGCCACCUCAUCCACAGCCGCUGCACCCUCGCACUAUGCCCAUGAUGCAGCCAGAGUUGGAUUUGGAGAGUAAGGAGGACGUCAAAUUCUGCGUGUCUCCCGGAGAUGGAACUAUUGUUGGUAACACAAGCCCUGAACAGCAGCACUGUUCCUCAACCACGGCUGCUGCAGCCAGUGGCGCUAGAGAUGAUGAGGCACCAAGGAGGGUGUGCCUCGUCUGCGGAGACACUGCCUCAGGGUUCCACUAUGGAGUCGCCAGCUGUGAGGCCUGCAAAGCAUUUUUCAAGAGGACUAUUCAGGGCAACAUAGAAUAUACGUGUCCUGCGUCAAAUGAGUGCGAGAUAAACAAGAGGCGGCGGAAGGCGUGCCAGGCGUGUCGGUUCCGCAAGUGUCUGCGCACGGGCAUGCUAAGGGAGGGGGUGAGGCUGGACCGCGUUAGGGGGGGACGCCAGAAGUACAGGAGGGCGCCGGACGCACCCGCCUUAGCUCAACCUAGACCACAACUUGACGAUAUUAAGGUACUCGAAGCUCUGAAUUCAUACGAACCAGAGUUGCUGACAUGUUCAGCGGUACCGGCGGGUGUGACCGACCCCACAGCCAAAACCCUGGCGAUGUUAGCAGACUUAUAUGACAGGGAACUGGUCGGUGUCAUCGGCUGGGCAAAACAGAUCCCCGGAUUCACUGAACUUCAGCUUAAUGAUCAGAUGCGUCUCCUACAAAGCACAUGGGCAGAGAUGUUGUCACUGAUGCUGGCAUACAGGUCCAUGUCAGGCGGCAGUCCACUGCGUCUCCGUUUCGCUACAGAUCUCGCUCUCGACGAGCAACAAGCUAGGGAGAUCGGAGCGCAUGAUUUAUUUACACAGAUAGCGGGCGUGGCGAAACGGUUGGAGCGUGCGGCGGCGUUGCGCGAGGAGUGCUACCUACUGAAGGCGCUGGCACUCGCCAACUCGGAAGCGAGGAUCGACGAGCACGCCGCCCUGCGACGGUUCAGAGACUCUAUACUCGCCGCGCUUAAUGACGCCGUGUCCGCACUCAGGCCAUACAACGGUAACUCGGCCCUGCAGCAACUGCUGCUGGUCCUGCCGGCGCUGCGGCUGGCGGACGUGGCGGUGCGUCGGUUCUGGGCGGGCGUGCACCGCGAGCGCCGCGCCCCCAUGAACAAACUCUUCGUCGAGAUGUUGGAGGCCUGUCUGCGGUAGACCACCAGGUACCCUGCCCUGCCCCCACAAAACCCCCCUUUUCGUUUCUUCACCUACGGCGGGCGACGCGUCCCCGCGCCAAAUGUACAAAACGAUGGACGGAUCUAGUACAAAACUUGUUACUAUUUUUGUAUAAUAUAAAAAAAUAUAUCUAGUUUUACUGUGAGGUUUCGAGAUUAUUGUAUGGUCGAGGAAAGGAUAGGCUGUGCUACUAUGACCUGGAACGUCAUUAUGUAGCUUUCAAUGGUUUAAAACCUGUAGCUGUCUGCUGGUACCUGGGUGUAUCGGCGCGAUGGUAUUUUUUCCCCGACCGUACGGCUUCUGUCUCGGUAAAUGCGGGGGCCGUAUUCGGCGCAUUUAUCAUAAAAUAUUGUUUUUAUUCUCCUUGUUUUAAUCGCUAAGGUCGGCCGGUUUACACUGCGGCUGAAUGACUAGUGCACCUAUUCGUUACUAGGAUUUUAAAGUACAAAUAUACAUAUUAGUUUUACAUCUACCCAUAAGGGUAAAGAACAAAGUUUUCUCUACAAACAAAACGCGGUGUUUUACUAAGUAUUAAAAAAGUAAGAAAUGAGAAUACGUGAUAAAUGUACAACCAAUAUACCUUGACCCGUCCGAAGUGCGCUACAAACGUAUCGGUGUCCCUUUCACUCGCUACCGUUCCUGCUUAUUGACGUCUCGCUCACUUA